GAAUUGCCUUUGGAAAUAACUGCAAAGAAGUGUGUCAGACUCUGACCUUCUAACUGGUGGUUGACCUCUACCCACAGCCUCCUAAUACAUUGAAGCAGGCCAUAAACCUUUCCUUUGUUGCAAUUUCCAUGACACAUUUCUUGAAUUUUGCAUUCCUUUGGAAAAUCUUAAAUCAGAAAUAUUAUUAUUGUUUAUUAUUGUUGUUGUUUACAGUUUAAGCUACGUAAAUGGGAAAAGACGUGGCUGUGAAUAUUGCCAUGAUGCAGCAGCUUGUGGAACCUGGAAGUGUUGCCAUGGUUACUGACGGCUGCGCGUCUCCGCUGCUGUUGCCGUGGAUGUGAUUUCCAAGAGCGCGCGCCACCGUCCUCUCUCUCCACCACCAACCAAACCAAUACACCCGGAAAAACAGCUGAUGUCAUGGACAGGACGAGCCACAGCGGAUAAAGACAAAUACUCCUCUCGACCUGCAGGCUUCUAAGAAAUUCUCCUCUUUCUCUGGUUGGUCUCUCCACCCCUCUGUGACCUGGGGAUGAACGCACCAAUGAGGAGUCUCACAGGUAUGCCUGAUCGCAUGUUAUGUGCAGUGCUGGAGCAAUUUCAGCUUUACUUUUCCCUUUGAUCCACUCUCUGUAUAGCACAGCAAGCCCCAGCAUGCUGAAGAGGAAGCAGAGCUCACGGGUUGAGGCCCAGCCUAUGACUGAUUUUGGGCCAGAUGAAACCCUGGCGGACAGUGCUGACAUUUUCUGGAUCAACAAGCCAUGGGUGCACACUCUACUGCGAGCCUGUGCCAUCAUUAGUGUCAUAUCCGUGUGUAUGAACACACCCAAGACAUUUGAGCAUUACCCUCCGCUUCAGUAUGUGACGUUCACCCUGGACACGCUGCUCAUGUUUCUCUACACGGCCGAGAUGAUUGCCAAGAUGCACAUCAGAGGGAUCAUCAAGGGUGAUAACUCCUAUGUAAAAGACCGGUGGUGUAUGUUCGAUGGAAUCAUGGUGUUUUUUAUCUGGGUCUCCCUGGUGCUCCAGGUGUUUGAAAUAGCAGAGCUUGUGGAUCAGAUGUCUCCAUGGGGAAUGCUGAGAAUUCCUCGGGCACUGAUCAUGAUCCGGGCAUUUAGAAUCUACUUCCGCUUUGAACUUCCUCGCUCUCGCAUCACCAACAUUCUUAAGCGAUCCGGGGAACAGAUCUGGAGUGUGUCCAUCUUCUUGUUGUUUUUUCUGCUUCUGUACGGAAUUUUGGGCGUUCAGAUGUUUGGGACGUUCAACCAUCACUGCGUCACCAAUGACACACAGAAAAAUAAUGUGUCCUGGAACAACUUGGCCAUCCCAGACACGCACUGUUCCCCUGAUGGAGAAGGAUACCAGUGUCCUUACGGAUUCAAAUGCAUGGACCUGGAGGAGCUGGGCCUCAGUCGACAGGAGCUCGGUUAUAGUGGCUUCAAUGAACUUGGUACAAGUAUCUUCACGGUGUAUGAGGCUGCAUCACAGGAGGGUUGGGUGUUCCUCAUGUACAGAGCCAUUGACAGUUUCCCUCGGUGGCGCUCAUACUUCUACUUUAUAACUCUCAUUUUCUUCCUGGCGUGGCUUGUAAAGAAUGUGUUUAUUGCCGUCAUCAUCGAGACAUUUGCUGAAAUCAGAGUUCAGUUCCAGCAGAUGUGGGGGUCGAGGAGCAGCACUACAUCAACUGCUACAACACAGAUGUUUCAUGAAGACACUGCUGGAGGAUGGCAGCUUGUGGCUGUGGACGUCAACAAACCACAUGGCCGGGCGCCUGCUUGCCUCCAGCAACUGAUGCGGUCGUCUGUGUUCCACAUGUUCAUCUUGAGUAUGGUUGCUGUGGACGUCAUCGUUGCCGCUAGCAACUAUUACAAAGGCGAGAACCACCGCAGACAUUAUGAUGAGUUUUACCUGGCAGAAGUUGCAUUUACUGUUCUGUUUGACCUGGAAGCCCUUCUAAAGAUCUGGUGUCUGGGUUUUACUGGCUACAUCAGCUCAUCUCUGCACAAGUUUGAAUCUCUGCUGGUUGUGGGCACCACGCUUCACAUCUACCCGGACCUUUAUCACUCACAGUUCACCUACUUUCAGGUUCUACGUGUGGUACGUUUGAUUAAGAUUUCGCCCGCGCUGGAGGAUUUUGUCUAUAAGAUCUUUGGUCCAGGUAAAAAACUGGGCAGCCUGGUGGUUUUCACAGCCAGCCUUCUAAUCGUCAUGUCAGCAAUCAGCCUCCAGAUGUUCUGUUUCGUGGAGGAGUUGGACCGUUUUACCACAUUCCCCAGGGCAUUCAUGUCCAUGUUCCAGAUCCUGACCCAGGAGGGCUGGAUAGAUGUAAUGGACCAGACCCUGGUAGCAGUGGGUCACAUGUGGGCUCCAGUUGUGGCCAUUUACUUUAUCCUCUACCAUCUGUUCGCUACACUGAUUCUGCUCAGUCUCUUUGUGGCUGUGAUUUUGGACAAUCUGGAGCUGGAUGAAGAUCUGAAGAAGCUCAAACAGCUCAAGCAAAGUGAAGCCAACGCCGACACCAAAGAGAAGCUCCCUCUUCGACUCAGGAUCUUUGAAAAGUUUCCCAACAGGCCUCAGAUGGUGAAGAUCUCCAAGCUUCCUUCAGAUUUCACUGUGCCAAGAAUCAGGGAGAGUUUUAUGAAGCAGUUCAUUGAUCGACAGCAGCAGGACACCAGCUGUUUGUUCCGGCGCCUUCCCUCCGCUUCGUCCUCCUCCUGUGACCACUCCAAACGCUCGGCCAUCGAAGACAACAAGUAUAUUGACCAAAAGCUUCGCAGGUCAAUAUUUAGCAUCCGAGCCCGAAACCUCCUGGAAAAAGAAACAACUAUUAAUAAAAUCCUAAGAGCUUGCACCAGACAGCGUAUGUUAAGUGGAUCUCUGGAGGGUCAGCCCGCCAAAGAGCGCUCCAUACUCAGUGUCCAGCAUCACAUACGACAGGAGCGCAGAUCGCUGAGACAUGGCUCCACCAGUCAGAGAAUCAGCAGAGGGAAGUCCCUGGAGACCCUCACCCAGGAUCAUUCCAGUACUGUACGCUACCGGAAUGCCCAGCGAGAGGACAGUGAGAUCAAGAUGAUACAGGAAAAGAAAGAGCAAGCAGAAAUGAAAAGGAAAGUCCAGGAGGAGGAGCUGAGGGAGAACCAUCCUUACUUUGAUAAACCUCUCUUCAUCGUGGGUCGGGAGCAUCGCUUCAGAAACUUCUGCAGGAUGAUUGUUCGAGCGCGCUUCAAUGCAUCAAAAACUGACCCCAUAACAGGAGCAGUGAAAAACACUAAGUAUCACCAGCUCUACGAUCUGCUGGGCCUAGUUACCUACUUAGACUGGGUGAUGAUCGUCGUUACCAUCUGCUCCUGCAUUUCCAUGAUGUUUGAAUCACCCUUCACCAGGGUCAUGCACGUACCCACAUUGCAGAUCGGGGAGUAUGUGUUUGUCAUCUUCAUGAGCAUCGAGCUCAACCUCAAGAUCAUGGCCGAUGGUCUGUUCUUUACCCCUACUGCUGUCAUCAGAGACUUUGGAGGAGUUAUGGACAUCUUUAUCUAUCUUGUGAGUUUGAUCUUCCUGUGCUGGCUCCCCACUGACGUCCCUUCAGAGUCUGGUGCUCAGCUGCUCAUGAUGCUGCGAUGUCUGCGUCCACUCAGGAUCUUCAAGCUCGUACCACAGAUGAGGAAAGUGGUGCGAGAAGUUCUCAAGGGAUUCAAGGAGAUCUUCCUGGUUUCCAUCCUGCUUCUCACACUGAUGCUGGUCUUUGCGAGCUUCGGGGUUCAACUGUUUGCCGGAAAACUGGCAAAGUGCAACGACCCCCACAUCCUUAAACGGGAAGACUGUCAUGGUAUCUUCAGAAUAAAUGUCAGUGUUUCCAAAAACCUCAACCUAAAACUGAGGCCUGGGGAGAAGAAACCAGGUUUCUGGGUUCCGAGAGUCUGGGCCAACCCUCGAAAUUUCAACUUUGACAAUGUGGGAAAUGCCAUGUUGGCGCUGUUUGAAGUGUUGUCACUCAAAGGCUGGGUGGAAGUCCGAGACGUUAUUAUUCACCGCGUCGGACCGAUACAUGGCAUCUAUAUUCAUGUCUUUGUGUUUCUGGGAUGCAUGAUUGGACUCACUCUGUUCGUUGGAGUGGUCAUUGCCAACUUUAAUGAGAAUAAGGGCACUGCUCUGCUCACAGUGGACCAGAGAAGAUGGGAGGAUCUGAAGAGUCGGCUGAAAAUAGCUCAGCCUCUUCACCUGCCGCCUCGCCCAGAGAACGGUGGCUUUAGAGCCAAGAUGUACGACAUCACUCAGCAUCCCUUCUUCAAACGGGGCAUCGCUGUUCUGGUUCUGGCUCAGUCAGUGCUGCUGUCAGUGAAGUGGGACGUAGACGAUCAAGUGACGUUUCCUCUGGCCACCAUGUCAGUCGUCUUCACCUUCAUAUUUGUACUGGAGGUGACCAUGAAGCUGAUAGCCAUGUCUCCGGCUGGUUACUGGCAGAGCAGACGCAAUCGCUAUGACCUGCUGGUCACAUCUCUGGGUGUCAUCUGGAUAGUUCUGCACUUUUCACUCCUGAAUGCAUACACCUACAUGAUGGGCACGUGUGUCAUCGUCUUCAGAUUCUUCACAAUAUGUGGGAAGCACGUGACGUUGAAAAUGCUGUUGCUGACUGUGGUGGUCAGCAUGUACAAGAGCUUCUUCAUCAUCGUGGGCAUGUUUCUUCUCCUCCUCUGCUACGCCUUUGCAGGAGUUGUUCUGUUUGGAACUGUCAAAUAUGGGGAGAACAUCAACCGACAUGCAAACUUCUCCACAGCAGGUAAAGCCAUCACUGUGCUCUUCAGAAUCGUGACAGGGGAAGAUUGGAAUAAAAUCAUGCACGAUUGCAUGGUGCAGCCUCCAUUCUGUACCCCAGACAAACACCGCUACUGGGAGACUGACUGUGGAAACUACGCUGGAGCUCUUAUUUACUUCUGCUCCUUCUACGUCAUCAUUGCCUACAUCAUGCUCAACCUACUUGUAGCCAUCAUUGUGGAGAACUUCUCCUUGUUCUACUCCACGGAGGAGGACCAGCUACUGAGCUAUAACGACCUCAGGCACUUCCAGAUCAUCUGGAACAUGGUGGAUGACAAACGAGAGGGCGUGAUUCCGACAUCCAGGGUGAAGUUCCUGCUCCGUCUGCUCCGAGGACGGCUUGAGGUCGACUUGGACAAAGACAAACUGCUGUUCAAGCACAUGUGCUACGAGAUGGAGCGGCUGCACAACGGAGGAGAUGUGACUUUCCAUGAUGUUCUUAGCAUGUUGUCGUAUCGCUCAGUGGACAUUAGAAAGUCUCUCCAGCUGGAGGAGCUGUUGGCCCGGGAACAGCUGGAGUACACCAUUGAAGAAGAGGUUGCCAAACAGACCAUCCGCAUGUGGCUUAAGAAGUGCCUCAAACGCAUCCGGGCGAAGCAGCAGCAGUCGUGCAGCAUCAUCCACAGCUUGAGAGAAAGUCAGCAGCAGGAGCUGAGCCGCUUCCUUAACCCCCCCAGCAUUGAGACCACCGUGCCGAGCGAAGACCACAACACUAACAACCCGGACAACCCCUCGCAGCCUGAGAUGAGUGGUCUCCAGCAGUUACGGAGCCCCACGUUGUCAGACAGAGGAGGCUACAGGCAGGACUCCUCAGACCUGGGGAGACCACAGAGGAAGCUGGGACAGUGGAGGCUUCCUGCAGGUCGCACCAGCGUCAAGUCUAUUGUGUGCAAGAUGAACCCUGUGAACGACGAGGCGUCUUCAGGCUCAGAGGUGAAGAAGUGGUGGACUCGUCAGCUGACCGUGGAGAGUGACGAGAGCGGUGACGACCUGAUUGACAUCUAGACCUGAGCUGCAGUGCCUCCUGCUAUACAUUCAGGUCAUAUCGCCAGGUUUCAAAGACUCACUGACUGUUUUGCUGUCAUUUCUGCUCUCCACAUGUAAAAAACAAAAAGUAUUUCUAUUUUUCUGUGACUAUUUGUGAGACAUUUAUCACUGCUGUCCUUUCUGACUCGCGGUGACAACGAUACCUCUGAGACAGGUGUCCAGUUUCUCUGUGAUUUUUUUCCCCUUUGUAACUUUGCUGGGGUUUUCUAUGCAGGCACAGUAGUUAUUGUUACAGCAGAUGUGGAUCAGAGAGGACCAAGACCCAAGAAAACUGCUUCUGUGUCUGUUUUUACUCUUCAGCUUUUCCAACGUCUUCAUCGUUCUGAACCUCCUAAAUGUUCUUCUGCUGCUACAAAUACUAGUGACGUUAUGUAUGGUUACGUUGUCUUCAUCUCUGUCUUCGUCCCCAUCUCCUCUGGUCCUCAGCAUUCGUCCGUUACUUUCUGUCCUUAUCCACAGUGACUGUGUUCCAGGAUUCUUGUUCUUUUCAGUAGAACAGAGUGACAGAGCAAACAUUUAGAUCUAUGACUGUGAAUGUAAUUACAAAGGUAAAAAAAACCUAUCUGUGUGAAGUAUGAAUGAAGUGUUUUAUAAAUGUAAUUUAUAAGCUUUAUGAAGUAUUAAAUUAUCAAAUUAAGUCUGAAUUACUCAGGCAUAUAUGAGCUGAAUAAAGGGGGAGUUCAUGUGCUUUUCUUUCCAGGUUCCAGGUUUCCAGAGUAGAGCUGGCCAAGUAUAAAUGUCUAUGAGAUUAACGGUCGCCUACGCUGGGCCGUUGUGGCUUGGUGGUUAAGGAAGCAGACUUGGGUCUGGAAACUUUCAGGUUCGAGUCCACCAGCUCUGAGCAUGGCACCGUCCCCACACACUGCUCCACAGAUGUAACCUUCUACCAACUCAGUUCAAGCCCGAGACCUGGGGAUGUAGAGAAGCCCCAAAAGACAGAGACGACAGGAAACACACAAACAUGAAAACAUGGAAAUGCUGCUGCUGCUGCUGCUGCUGCUGCUGCUGCUGCUUCAGACUGACAGCAACCCCCACCGGCUGCAGAAUGGGAUCAUUUGCGACAACUCAGACCCCCUCUGGCCUCUGGAUUCUCCACAUCCAGGUCCUCACCACUGUACACAGAAGUCAGAAGGGCUCACACGCCAAAAAAUGUUUUCCCUUAUUUGAAGAUGGUCUCCGGUCUCCGUCUCAUCUCUGUGCCCAGGAGGCUUGGACGGUAGUAUACCUUCAUGCUGCCACUCUUUGACUGCAAGCUGUGAUGUGAUAUGAUGGAUCCAUCACUUUGGAAGCGCAGGGAUCAGACACCUGUGGAGGGAUAGGAAAAAGUUGAUGGAAUUGGACAGGACAGGACUUAAAAUAUAUGAAGAAUGGGAAAAGUUGUUGAAAGUCAAAGGCUUAUUUAAUAUUCAGUAGCUUAAAAUAUUCUUCAAACUUUUUGCGUUAGCUGGCAUUAUAUAUUUAUAUAUGUAUGACACGUAUGAUAAAUGUGCAAAAUAUUUUGUGUCUUGAACAUUAUGUCCUUUGUCAAUAUAAAGGUUUGAUCAGGCAAGUUUUAAUGUCACAAGAAAAUUAGAAAAUAUAAAAAGAUACAUUACAAAUGUAUUAAUUCUAGAUUAUAUCAAAACCACUGUAUCUUACAGUUUACAUCCCAGGAUACAGCCGGUAUUAUUAGCUCUAAGUAUUAAAGUUACUUUUUUGUCCAAGAACCACAACUUCUCUGUGAGUGACUUCAGUCACUACAUUUAUUGCAUGCAUGCAUCUUUGCCAUCACAGCAAAAUGUAAAUAUGAGAGUCAGAAAAGACACAUGCAGAGGUCCUCAAAAGUGACUCCGUGAUGGACACAGGGCCCCCGGGUGUUGAUAUUGAUGUAAAUGCCUUUACCUUAGAAGACGACCACGGCUUUGGCCUCAUGUAGAGAACAAAUGGGUCCUUCGUCAUUAUACAAACACAAACACACACUGGUUAGAUUCAGCUUCUACAAACAAAAAAUAUUUCAGAUGUAGAGAGAGAAGGGCUGUGAUUAAAUGUAUUACCUGCCUGAGAUACACGCAUCACAGCUCUGUGAUUAUAUAUACAAUAACAUUUUUACGUGCUAACAGCUAAAAACAUCAACGGCUAGAUAAACAGAUGGAUAUUUUUAUCCACUUAAGUUAGAAUUACAUUUGUCAGAGGGCCAGAAUCUGGACAGACACUCAAAUAAAAUGUAAUGUUUUGUUUUUUAUUUUGGAAUUUAGUCCCAGGUUAGAUUAGGCCAGCGGGCUACCAGUUGAUCACUGCAGUAGACCACCAUGAAAACUGAUGUUUUAAAGAAAACACAGUGAUGAACCCUGACAAAUUCAGAUUAAUCUUUUUUACUGUAAGGAAACUAACAACCGAAUUCUUCACCAAUCAAUGGCGUUUUUACCUGAAGUUUUGAAAACUUCUUUUCCCACAAGCAGAACUCAGCAGUACUUUUUGAUAAUGCACAUCUUUUAAGAGCAAAUUGACUUUGUUUAACUGUGAAAUUGCUUACUUUGCACUUAGGCUUCGUUAUUAGAAGGUGUCAUCUCAUCCUCUUUUUCUGUAGGCGACAGAUAAUAACAGUCAUCUAGGCCUUUUAAGUGAUAGUGUCCUCGCUCCUGCCUGCUGUGUUUCCCCUCAUUAAUGCAAGCUAUUCUCCAUCAUCAUCCUCUGAAGGCGCUCUCUCGUCAUACAGGUAUACACAGCACUCUGACAAGGAAGGAAUUACAGUUAGCUCUCCCACACCUAAUUAAAGUGAAGAUGUGCUCACCUUCAGUGGACUUGACUGUACUGAUGUCAUUCCUUUACCAGACAAGGCUUUGGCUAUAUGAAGUCGUGGGUAGGGUUGUUGGACGGAUCCCUCUGUACAUUGAGCCUUUGAUGAUUUUUCCCAUGUGGACGACUGGCUGCAUCUGUCAGAUGAACUGUCUGUCGUUUAUGUUGAUUCAUAACAUUCAUUAUUAUUUCUCAAAAAUGGAUAACAGAUUUAGAAGUUUCUCUGCCUUUUUAUUAGUGGAAAGCAGUCUUUGCAAAUAACCAGGCAUUGUAGCCAUAGAUUGGUUUCUCAUUCCCAGUUUAUGAAUGUGUGAUUUACUGUUCAUCCUCAAGGUUAAAGAAAGUUUUGCUGAGCUAUGCUGACAAAAACGUGGCCUCACACUGAUGGGAAAUGACAAUUACAGUGAAUUCUGCUGUCUGCACCUGCACCUAUGUUACAGUCACACAAAGCUAAUGUGUGAUGAGACAUAUUUCCUUUUCUUCCACGGCUUGAAUGGGUUUAUGUAUUUAACAACUUUAGUUCACACUGUUUUUUCAAACCCAUUAAAGGGAGAGCCAGAAGUCUUUGCUGAAAACUGAGUACCCACAGCUCAGAAAGGAACACUGCUUCACAAAGAACCACUGUGUACACAAUAAGGUCCUUGCUUAAUGUCAGUUUUGGACACGAAUCUGCUUGUAAGUUUGUGUGCGCUGAGUAUUAUCUGCUACUAGUGAGUGACAAGAGUGGAGCAAAUUAGCAGUACUUACGUAUAAGCUGGCAGAGGCAGCAUUAGAAGUGUUUUGAACAUCAGCAGCUCUGAUGAGGACCUUGGAAGGGCUAGAAACAGGCUUUGAUUUCCCCCCAUGAAGUCCCCGUGGCUCAGCUCAAUUGUGAAAAGAUUUGGAUUUAGUACCUUUGAGGGUGAGAUUUCAAAAGGAGGUGGUUCAGCGCCAGCACAUCAAUAGCUGCUUCCAGAAACUUUAAAGGAGAUGAAGCACAUGUAACAAUGCAAUACUGUCUUUAAGGAAAAGUUUGAAAAGUGAGAUAUUAGGAAACUUUUGAUCAGAAAAGGUAGAGCUUACAGUGUGAAGUCAAACAAAGAAGUUCAGGGCCAUGUGACAAGUGAUGAGUCAGAGCUUGUUUUACAGUCAAUUAUGUCUCCCUUAUCCCGAAGUUGUCUGCUCCAACCCUGGCACCCAUACAAAAAUAGGAACCUUUUACAGUGUAAGUGUAAUGGAAGAUUGUUAAAUAAAAGACGCACUUCUUAGAGGAAGAUAAACCAAUGUUACAAACUGCAGGACAAAAAAAGAGGACAGAUUGGUGUUAGAGUUGUUACUGCCCCUUUAAGAACAUGUCACAUGUAACAAACUACCUGUUCUCAUAUGAUGAGAGAAGUUGUCUACAACUGGCCACCACUGUUGUUGACACUAACAACUUCAACAAAUUCUUUAUAUAUUUUGUAAAUUUUUGUUUACCAAUAGAAUCUUCACUAAUCAAUAAUUGUAUGGGUGUUAUUUGAAGGGGAAAAUUACAUUUUUAUCCUAAAGUGUGCUACUAAAGCUAGCACAGACUAUUUUCUUUCCUUCCUGUCAAAUCCAGUAAGACAUAUUAGGUAAGACAUGAACACAAUAAAUAAAAAAUAUAUAUAUUAAAAUGUUGUAAAGUAUAAAUGUAUAUUUUUAACACUAAUAUACUCUAUACUUAUUUGGUAGAGAACAAAAUGCUCUCAGUGCCUAAACCAAUUGACCCUAACCUUCACUAUUCACUGAGAUUCUAUACCAUCGGUGUCUGUUCCCUUGACCAACAAAAACCAUUUACACUUCCUGACAAAAUCUUAAUUGUUGUCUGUCUCUCUUUGGAGUUCGACCAAACUGGUACGGUACAUAUGAGCCCUUAUUAUUUCCUCCAUUCUGCCCAGCCCGUGUCCCACCAAACCUUCAAAACUUGAAGCUCGGCUAAAUAGAGUUCUGGAAAUUAAAGUGGCACUUGACAGUUGAGUUACCGGAGAUGGUGUUUUGAAGAUUGGACUUAAUUAUAUGUGCUUUCUUGAUUAAUAAGCAUCUACUUCUCUAACCAACCUGAAGGUCUGAGAAUGUGCUCUUGAAAAUUGCCCCCGCCCUCCUGUCACCCUGGGCCCCUGGUUCUGGCCAUUAAGAAGAUUCCUUGUCUUCCCGAAGCAAUGACAGGUGAAAUGGAGCACAAAAUCCCAAAGUCUGCCAUGGGCCUCUACACAAGAUCAGUCUCUCUAAUUCUUGCGGAUGCUCAUCCCUUCAGUCACUUCUGCCAUGUCUUUUUGGGGAAGAAAAACAGCCAUGAAACAUGACUGACAUAUGGAAUUAAUGUUAAGAUUAACUUUGUCUACCUUUCUACAUGAACGAAAAUGAAAAUGUAACUGAAGCAAACUUAUUUUUGUGACAAUGACAUCAAAUUAUUUUUCUUGCUGUAGAACUAAGGAUUCUCAGAAUAUUUAUGGAUCUUUUUAAAAUUAAAAAUUGUGUGUUUUUUGGGGGAAAGGGUGGAGGCAGGGGGUUAUUCUGACUGCCAAAAACAUGAGGACUGUGGGAUAGGGUGAACUGGAUGGUCCAAACUUCUCAUACGUACGAUAUGAGUAUGGUCCUGUGAUUGACAAGUUAACUGUCCAGUGUGUAGCUAAGCCUCGCCCAAUGACCACUGCGGAUUCCCGCCCCCUUCGACACUGAGAUGGAUUAAGUAGUAGAAGAUGAAUGAAAUAAAUAAUGAAUGAAUAGAAGAGGCACAGUACAUGGAAAGUACUACAUUGGUUUUAUUAAACCUCAUGGAUUAUGAAUGUAUUUAGCGCACCCUGGAGAUUGUACAGCUGUAACCAGUCAGUUAAGAAAUAGUUCAGUACUGCAUGAGAGCACCAUAGAAUCAAUUUACCUUCAUCUCAUAUUCAAAGUCAAUUUUGCAAAUUGACAAAAACGCUCACUGGUUUCUACCAGCAGUGUGGGAAAUACCUAUUGUCCUCAGUUGAAAUACAAUUUUUAACCUUCAGCUUUUGCAUUCUGGAACCUUUGCCAAACAAGUAGUGUCCAGUUUGUAUACUGUAUGUUCUAUCAGUUCUUUCUCACUGAUAGUCUGCUUUGUUGAAUAUUUCACAUUAGAGAAGUCACAGGUGUAUAUGGAUAUGAACUAUGUGCAGCUGAGGGCAAGCAGCAUUCAAAGCAAAUUAUUUACUCUGAUUACUAUUCGGUUUGCUUUUUUUCUCAAAGGGAUUUUUGUAAACCUGUACAAAGUU